AUGGCUCGCCGCACUGAAGCUGGUACGUGUCAUAUUUUCCUCGUCUUCUUUGUCACCGUCGUCGUCAUCUCCUCCCUCUCCGUCUCCUGCUUCCCUCCCUCCCUCCCUCCCUUCUGCCCUUCUGUCGGCGUUUCAGGUCGAAGCAGUCGCUACCUGACGGUAGCCGGGUACUGCGUCCUGGCAGCCGUCUCGUAUCUCGAGCAUGUACGCUGCGUGCGGCCGUCAACGCUGCUGAAUGUUUACCUGGGCGUCUCCACGCUCUUGGACCUGGCGAGGACUCGCAGCCUUUUCUUCAUCCAAGACAGCCAUACUGUGGCGUCGAUAUCCCUGGCUGCUUUCAUUGUCAAAUCUCUGGCCUUUAUCCUAGAGGCUACCGAGAAGCGUCACCUCCUGCUGGCAAAGUGGAAAGAUGCUUCUCCCGAAGCAACAAGCGGUGUUGUCAACCGAUCGCUCUUCAUAUGGCUAAAUCGCUUGUUCAUCAACGGUUUCCAGACGUUGCUAACUGUCAAUACGAUAACCCCUAUUGACGAGGAGCUGCUGGCUGCGUCUGAGCCAACUGCCCUUCUAGAAAAAUGGGAAAAUGCUGAUAAAGCUAAGAGAUACGCCCUGUUUUGGGUGUUUUUCACUCAUUAUAAAUGGUAUAUCAUGGCCGGCAUCUUGCCACGAUUAGCGUAUACCGGCUUUAGCUAUUCACAGCCCUUUCUCGUCCAACGGGUCCUCGACUUUACUGCCCAGGCCCCUCAUGCUCAGACAAGCAAUAUUGCCUACUCUCUUGUGGGGGGCUAUGCUGUUGUUUAUAUUGGACUUUCAACUUUGCGCGUCGGCUCCACAAACGAGGACAAUGCAGAAGCAAUCACUUUGAUGAGUGCAGAUAUUGACCGUAUCGGCUACAGCAUGACACUUGUUCACGAGGUUUAUGCAGGCUUCAUCGAGAUUGCCAUCGCUCUCUGGCAGUUGCACAGGCUCCUUGGAAUCGCCAUCGUUGCUCCCGUUGGAUGGAUUAUCGGGGUCCCUCUUGCAAAGGCAGCAGCCGAUGCCCAAAUCCCGUGGCUGGAAGCAAUAGAAACUCGUCUUGCUGCCACUGCAAAGUCAUUGGGCUCAACAAAGGCAAUUAAAAUGACCGGCCUAGCCGACAUCGUGUCAUCCCGUAUUACAAAUCUACGGUUGGACGAGAUUCGUGCCUCGCUUCGCCAUCGUGUCUAUAGCAUACUAGUAUUUGUUGCAGCAUUUGCUUCUUCUGAACUGGCUCCGGUGUGGGGCUUCACCGCAUUCAUCUUGCUGGCAAAGAAAAAUAAUACAGGAACAUUGACUGAAGGAGUCGCUUUUGCUUCACUCAGCCUUUUUGAAUUACUCAAUCAUCCAAUGACCACUAUUAUUAAUGGUUUCGAGAACCUUCAAACUGUUCUCAAUUGUUUUGGCCGUAUCCAAGAUUACCUCAACUCACAGGAGAGAGUGGAUUACAGGAUACCACAGCACGAUAGGAGAGAUUCUUCAGUUUCCGGGCUUUCUACUCCUGCUGAUACCCUGAAAGAUACUAUCAUUUUGAAGGAGAUACAGGACCCUGACUCAAACACCGAUGCAUUUGUAGCCUUUGUCGAGGGAGCGUCGGUAGGCUACACAAUAGGAGGUGACUCGCCAAUCCUAAAGAAUCUUAACUUCCAGAUUCCUCGUGGUGAAAUCACCAUGGUUUUUGGCGCCGUUGGCUCUGGAAAAUCUACUCUUCUAAAACUGUUACUUGGUGAAAUGCCGUGCGUAUCCGGCUUAAUAAGAACUGGCUUCUCUCUGGCUGCAUAUUGUCCGCAAUCCCCCUGGGUUACGUGGGGGACUGUCCAAAGUAACAUUGUUGGUAUGAGCGAGUGGGAUAAGAAGUGGUAUGAUACUGUUGUUUCUGCCUGUGCCCUUCGUACAGAUCUUGAGGAACUGCCAAACGGAGAUCAAACACACAUUGGCACCCAAGGGUCGAGGCUUAGUGGUGGACAAAAAAUGCGCGUGUCCUUUGCUCGUGCACUUUACUCCAGGAACUCUACCAUGAUCCUUGACGACGUCUUGACAGGGCUUGAUAGGGCAACCGAGCGGCACAUGUUAGAUGCAAUUUUCGGGCCCAACGGUCUAUUGAAGAAGCUAAAGUCCACUGUUAUUCUUGCUACAAAUUCUGACAACAUCAUUUUUCUCAAUGAAAAUGGGGAAAUUGCUCGUCAAGGCAACCUGGAAAGCUUUUCAGCAGGUGAUGAUAUCAAACAACUUGCGAACCAAUGUCAAACAACUACUACAUCUCGUCCAGAGCCACAACUCUCAGAAGACGUGCUGCAUGAGCUUGAGAUACUAGAAGAUCCUGAACUUGAAAGUAGCCGUAUGACUGGGGACAUGAAAGUAUAUGCCUACUACGCAAAAAACGCCGGGUGGUGGACUAUCUCACUUUACCUAUUAGCGUGUUGUGCUUUCGUUGUCGGUGUCACUUUCCCCUCCCUUUGGUUACAAUGGUGGACGAAUGCCAAUGAUACUAGGCCCAACGAACGUAUUGGGUACUGGCUUGGAGUAUAUAGUGGACUUGCUUUCCUUGCAAUCUUCAGCGCUACACUCUCUGACAGAGCUUCAACAUCCUUCCUUACUUCAACUGAUGCCGGAACUACGGUUAACAGGUUCAGCCAGGACCUAGAGCUUAUUGACAAUGAUCUACCCCAGUCUAUCGACCAAGCUGUUUUUCAGUUUCUCUCUGCAAUCGUUUCUGGUGUAUUCGUCUUCAUAGGGGCAGGUUACAUAGCAGCGGCCGUCCCUCUGUGCAUAAUUGUGCUUAUCGGGGUUCAAUUCUUUUAUUUACGAACAUCCAGACAAUUGCGACUGUUGGAUAUCGAAGCCAAGGCGCCUCUCUUCUCACAGUUUCUAGAGACAGUUGGUGGUGUUGCCUGCAUCCGCGCGUAUGGAUGGACGCAGAGAUACACAGAGCGUCACUACAAAGUCUUGAAUAUAUCUCAAAAGCCAUAUUAUCUCCUUUGGUGUAUUCAAAGAUGGCUUACCCUUGUCCUGGACCUAUUGAAUGCUGGGCUUGCAGUUAUGUUGGUCGCAAUCGCAACCAAUGUUCGCAGCGCGUCAACACCCUUUCUGGGUGUGGCACUGUUUAAUAUCGUGACGUUUAGUUCCACUCUCCAAACACUGGUAACAGCCUGGACCCAAUUGGAAACUGCACUUGGAGCAAUAAACCGAGUACGCUCCUACUCCCAGGAUGUGAAGGAUGAGAACCUCCCGAAUGAAAAUGGCAGUGUACCUGAUGAAUGGCCCGAGUCUGGCGCCAUUGCGUUUAAUGACGUAUCUGCGUCGUAUGACCCUUCUCUAGGCCCAGUUUUGAAAGGGGUUAACUUGUCCAUCAACGCUGGCGAGAAAGUUGCCAUUUGUGGCCGGACAGGCAGUGGCAAAUCUUCUCUUGUGUCAUGCUUGUUGAGAAUGCUAGAGAUGGAUUCUGGGACGAUUUUGAUUGAUGGCAUUGACAUUAGCACAAUCUCCCGACAGCAGGUUCGAAGUCGGCUAAAUACACUUCCCCAGGAACCGUUCUUUUUAUACGGCACUGUCCGUGACAACGUUGAUCCCCUACAACUUGCGGACGAUGAAGCUGUCAUAGGAUCUUUACAGGCCGUUGGUUUAUGGGAGUUUUUGGAAGCCCGUGGUGGCCUUGAUGAGGAGGUCAGCGAGGAUAAACUUUCCCAUGGUCAGCGGCAGCUGUUCUGCCUGGCUCGUGCGGUGGUCAAGCAGGGGAAUAUUCUGAUCAUGGACGAAGCCACCAGCAGUGUAGAUGCUGAGACUGAUAAGGUAAUGGAGGAUGUGAUUCGUGAGAAGUUCAAGGGCAUGACCGUUAUUGCUAUCGCUCACAAACUCGACACAGUACUUGACUAUGAUCGUGUUGUGUUAUUAGACAAAGGUGAGAUUAUCGAGACAGGAAAUCCCAGAGAACUCCUCGCAAUACCUGAUUCGGCAUUCCAUAAGCUCUAUGAGAAAUUAGCUACUGAAGGAACGCAUACGGAAUAA